AUGCCCGAUACUCGUGGUUCGUCGCUGAGAGGGAGGACGCCGACGUUGGUUGUGUCGAGACCUGCGGAUGAGAGAGAGAGUCCUCCUGGACGGAAGAGUGAGAGAAGACAUCGACGGCGGGCCGACAGGUCUAGGGAAAGAGACAGGUCGCCGCAGUGGGAGGACAUAGACAACUACGAGCCACCACGGAGGAGGAGAAAGUCGAGGAGGGUGUCGCCGGCGCGCUCGACCACGUCGACUGGGUCUGGUCGUUCACAGCGAAGACAACACUCGGCACAGCACAAGUCUACUGGAUUCUUUCCGAGCUUAUCACGCAUCCGCGAAGCGACUGGCUCUACCACCAGCUCGCGGCCGAGCACGAGAACUUCUGAAACAGACUACUAUCCUGAGUACCAACCCAGCAGACACGCCCGCCAUAUGGACAGAGGGAACUCCAGGUAUGGCAAGAGCAUGAAGCGGACGUCGAAGACGAAGCAGCGCCAUGACGAGAGCUUGCCAAAACUCAAUCCUUCAUCGUUGUCGAUCCUGUCUGGGACGACAGGGACGUCGGACAGGUCCAGCAACAGCAGCUCGACGGUCACUCCGGAGUCCUAUCUUCGAAAAACGAGUCGGCAGGCUCUGACUGCCGUGAAGCCACCCAAGGAGUCCGAGCCUCGUGAAAGUGUGACAAGCCAGCUGCCGAACGUGUUUGACUUUCUGGAAACGGAUGCAGAGGACGAUGACCACGAUGGGAAGUCCGUAGCCUCCGCCUCGACAUCUUCACAAUACGAACCAUCAGACGCUGGGUCCAGCAUAGCUCCGGACACGCCUUCUUCGCGAUCGACGUUUCCUUCUGCUUCUUCGCCCACAUCGACACGGAGUCAGAGUGUCGCGGACCUCAGAAAGAAGUACGACCCGCAAUUCAGUGCGUCGGUCUUUUCAGGACGGAGCGACAGCAGCAGUCCUGCUCCAUCGUUGCGUAGCCUGAGGAAGCAGCCAACCGUUAGUGACGUCGAGGAAGAAGAUGAGGAAGACGUUGGAAUACCACCAGCGCCAUCGGACAUCAGCUAUCAAUCGCAGAGAUCGUCAUCACGCUCAUCUAGACGCUCAGCUGGGUCUUACGACUCCUAUUACCCCGGCGACGAAGCUAUUCCACACGGCCUACCCUACGACCACCCCUCCCACUACAUCCACCCCCUCCCGGGCCAACACCGCUCCUUCUCCCAUUCCUCCACCCAUUCCUCCCCCACCCAAAACCCCUACACCACAGCCCUCCAACACUACCACUGGCCUUCUCCCCCACCACUCCCACCCCAACCCCUCACGCACCAACCCUCCCCUCUCCACCCACCAGCCGCCCCCGAACCCCCCGACCUUUCGCACGCCCCACCAACCGGCUACGCCCACCUCGCCCUCGCCCUCUCUACCCCCAACACUUCCGGCGUUACCCCGGUAUACCGUAAAUUCGAAUACCUCAAUACCCGCCUCCUCCUGCACCUGCAAGACGAACUCGCUGAGUUGGAGGAGCAGCUGCGCCACUUGGACGACAUCAUCUCCUCGUUAGACGGACAUCAGCACCCGGCUUCCCGACGGCGGGAGAAAUGGGAGGGCAACGAGUUGCACAUGCGCAGGACGCACUUGCUCGGCACGGUGUACGUGAAGAUGGAGCAGUACCGCAAGGUCCUGGCCGGGAUGAAGGAGGUGGAGUCGUCUACGACAAAAGCAGGGCAGGAGGAAGUAGAGGGUUUGAGAGCGUGGAUGGAGCGGGAGAGGCCGAUUUCUGAACACGAGGCGGGUUUCUUGAUGCACGGGGGGGAUUUGGUUAAGGUCUCUCGCGGCGCCGGGGCAGCAACGGGGUCGCAGGGUGGAGUGGGCGUGUAUGCGCCGUUGGGCGUGGUGGCGCCGGUGGUGCUGUUUGCCGUUGUGCCGACGCUUGCCGGCAGGUUGUUGGUUCUGGCGGUGUUGGGGUUGGGGGGCUGGGUUGUUGUGGGGAGGACUGCGGUUGGGGGGUUGAUGGCGAGGAGGGAUUGGAUGAUCUGCGGAUUGGUGUAUGGGAUACUCAUGGUUGUUUUGGCGAUGUGCAUGCCUGGGCGGUGUAGCUGA